CAUCAUCACUACCAGCCUGCGCUCAGUGGACACCACUGUCAGCAGCUCGGCUCCUGUCUCAGCUUUAGCGCGCAAAACACUUCGCAAUUUUCCCUCUCACAGCCUCGAUCACAGCGAACGCGUCUACACCAUGUGGAUUUAUAAGCUCCUGCUUUGCCUUUCUGUCCUGCUUUACUCGGAAAGCAAGAGGCAUGCACUUCAAGACUACCAGAAGACUGACGGGGUUCGUCUGGUCGCUCCGCCUGACUCAUCGUACAUGAUGAAAAGCAAGAAGAUGAGCUUGGGGAAGUGCGUGCGCCGCUGCAGCCGCAACAGAAAACUCCCCUUCACCUGCAGAGCUUUCAUCUUUGAUCAAAAUGGCACAAAAUGUCAUUUACUCUCCUUCGACAGCCUCGCAGUGGGCGUCCAUGCUGAGACUGACUUCAGCUUUGACCUUUAUGAAAAAAAAGACUUUGUAAGAGAGUGCAUCAUUGGCACAGGCCUGAAUUACCAAGGAAGGAGAUCAGUGACUGAGAGUGGUGUUGAGUGCCAAAACUGGGAUCUGAACACUCCACAUGAACAUCACUUCUUACCCCGGCGUCAUAAGCAAAAGGACCUUCGGGGGAACUUGUGCCGGAACCCAGACAACAGCACUACCGGACCGUGGUGUUUUACCAAGAACCCCAGCAUACGUUAUCAAAACUGCAACAUUCCCCAGUGCUCGCAAGUGGAAUGCAUGAUGUGUAAUGGAGAAAGCUACCGCGGGCCCAUGGACCACACGGAGAGUGGCAAAGAGUGCCAGCGCUGGGACUUGGAUGAACCUCACAAACAUCUCUUUCAUCCCAAACGGUACCCAGAUAAAGGACUUAAGGAUAACUACUGCAGGAACCCAGAUGGACGCCAGAGACCCUGGUGCUUCACCACCGAUCCUGGCACUCUGUGGGAGUACUGCGAUAUCAAACAGUGUGAAUCUGACAGUCACAGUGAUGUUGAAACGACUAAGACGUGUUUCCGGGGGAAUGGGGAAAGAUACCGUGGGACAGUGUCCGUCCCUAUGGAUGGUUUGACUUGUCAAAGAUGGGAUGCCCAGUUUCCUCAUUCCCAUUCCUUUACACCACAGAACUACCGCUGCAAGGACCUGAAGGAGAAUUACUGCAGGAAUCCUGAUGGCCGUGAUGCCCCAUGGUGCUUCACUACUGACCCUAACAAGCCUUGGGUCUUCUGUACAAGCAUUCCGGGCUGUGAAGCAAUAACAUCUGAACCUGAUGAGUGUUACACAGGAAGUGGCGAGAUGUACAAAGGCAGGCAGACGAAGACUCGUUCAGGCAUUCCUUGUUCACCAUGGAACGACCAUACGGAGAGGAAAGGGAGAGACAUGGUCACUCAGAGUGAUGAUCUGGAGGGUAAUUUCUGCAGGAAUCCAGACAAGGACAAGCACGGGCCAUGGUGCUACACCAACAGCUCCCUCGUCCCUUGGGAUUACUGUGCAGUCAAGCGCUGUGAGCAAUUACCGAACAGUCUACCACGAAAAGUAUCUGAAGCCGCAGUCGUCUCCUGUUUUGUCCAUAAGCAAGUGAGGAUAGUCGGAGGUGGCCCUGUACCGAUUAAAGAGGGCAGUUGGAUGGUCAGCAUUCAAAAAGGGGCUGCUCACUCAUGUGGAGGCUCACUGGUCCGUGAGGAGUGGGUGCUGACAGACAGAGAGUGCUUCUCCUCAUGUGUUCCUGAUCUGUCUGAGUACAGAGUUUGGCUUGGCUCUGCACAUCUGAACGAGUCUGGAGAGAACACUUGGAGCAGGCAGGAAAGGAGGAUUGCUCAUGUUGUCUGUGGACCAGAAGGCUCAGGACUCGCCCUGUUACAACUAGCACAGCCUGCUCUUAUCACUGAGCAGGUGAGAAUCAUUCAGCUGCCUGUGGCUGGCUGUAGCAUUGCAGACGGCACCAUGUGUUCAACGUAUGGCUGGGGAGAAACUAAAGGCACAGGACAUGAAGGCGCACUAAAGAGUGUUCAGCUGCCCAUUGUUAGCAAUGAACGCUGCCAGCAGUUACACAGAGGAACGUUACAGAUCACUGAUGCUAAAGUGUGUGCUGGCGGGAAGAGAGAUGAAGGAGUGUGUGAGAAAGACUACGGUGGCCCACUGGUGUGUCAGGAAAAGGACAGUAAGGUCAUAGUUGGAGUGAGUAUCCAUGGUCGUGGAUGCGCCCGGCAUAACCGGCCAGGUAUCUUCAUCAGCGUGUCCCAGUAUACAGGAUGGAUACACAAGGUCUAUAGAACAUACCCAAAUUCAGACUAUAAUAAUUAAAACUGUGCUGAAGACCUCUCAUUGAGAAGAACUAAGCAGUCCUGAGGAUCCAAAACAUUGGAGACAAAAUCAAGGUGACCCACAUUUGUGACUUCACAGCUCACAUGUACCUUCAAAGUUAAAAUGAAGUUGAAACCUGUCCAAUAUGAAAACUGGGACAUCUGAACCUGACUAUGUUCUGGUUUUAUGAGUAAGUGAGGGUGAUGGGACUGGAUUUCAUUCAGUUCCAUGUGCAUUGUUUUCUAAGUUGUAAAAAACGGUACAAAGGCCAGAUGCAAGCUUUGUAAUGCUUUUUAUAUAUAGUCUGGAAUUUGUUAUAAGUUUAAAAGUGAAAGGCCAUAGUUUGGGGAAAAAAUAUUGUUCCCAAAAUGCGGGGAUGAUUUGUGAAUGUCAUGCGCACUAGACUUGUAAAAACAAGAGCUGAGAUACCCUCUCUGAGAAUUCAUUUGGAUUGUAAGGAAAGAUAAGGAUCUGCAUCUAGUGACUGUAGCCAUUGUAGAAACUUUGGCCCAAACUACAGUAAUUUUUAGUUUGUUUGUUGUUCAAACAAACAUACGGACAAAACAACGCUAUGUUGAUUUAAACAUAUGUAUUGUACAUCUUGGCUCUAAACAUACCCCGCAGUAUUAUCUAAUACAAAACGGUGUGUAUAAUAUGCGUGUAAAAUAUGUGUAUAGUAGUAUUAUGUGAAGGCUUUUUUACUUUUAUGCUCCUGAUAAUACUUGAAUCCACACACAUCCGGCGAAACACUGUCCACUCCAAUAGCACUUAUUCACGUUCAGUUUGCUUAAUGCAGGUGUGUAUGUCAUGCUCAGUGAACUCUGUAGAUGAUGUUAAAACGUUAAUACAUCCCCACCAUAUGCUGUGUUUGAACUAUUAUCAGAAGCCAUAGAAGGGUUAUGUGUUGUAAAUACUGUAGUCAUCACUCCCGAUGCUUGGGUAGGUCUCAUAGACCUUUUAUAGAACCUGUAAAAUAUGAUGUGUGUGUGUGUGUGUGAGUGUGUGUGUGUGUGUGCGCUUGUUGGCAUAACCUUGAUCACUAGCCAUCCUUGCUAUUAAUAUGUGAAAAGCAAGUUGGGAUCAAAGAAAGAGAGAGAGAGUAAAUGCUAAACUUUGUGCUAUUUUGUAGUUAUUAUCAGUUGACCUCUUUAAGAGUAUGCUGGACAGUGUGUGUGUGUGUGUGUGUGUGUCUGUGUGUGUGAGAACGAGCGAGAGAGAUGAAUCAGUGUUGUUUGACAGCCAUGGUGUUGGCAGGAUGCAACUCUGCAGGACAGAGGGUUUGUGUGUGCGUGUGUGUUUGUCUAUGUGUGUGUGUGUGUGCGAGUGUAUGUGCGCCUGCGCGUGUCUGUCUGUCUGUGUGUUUGUGUUCGUCUGUGCGUCUAAGCGUCUUGUUAACUAGCUGCAUUAAUAAUUAAACCAGUCCAAGUUCCUAACAAGGAUAAUAUAACAAGCGUGUGUAUGUGUGUGUGUGUGUGUGUGUGCCCAUGAACAAAGAGGCCAACAUUCAGCGUUUUCAGCUGUGCCCAGUUAUCCAAAGAUAUUCCUUUUUUCUGUUGUUCUAUUCUGGAUUAGUUAUAUGACAAAACCCAUCCAUCACAGUUGAUUCUUGUGUGGCCAUGGUUUGCUCCGAAUACAAGUUUGUCGUUCUUGACCUUUCACUCUGGACCUCAUCCAACAACAAUCAGCUUGGAAUAUUACCCCCAAACCAUGUCAGCUUAAGCAAAUACCACGCUGAAAGAUGGCUCCUAAGUGCUUGCUUUCCGAGCACUCCUGAUGGUCAUUAAUGUUGGUUUAUGUGAAGAAUGAGUUUAAUUUGUAUGAGUCCAAAGGCAGAGAUCUUUAUAUUAAGCAAUACUAGGAAUGUUCAGCAUGUGCUGAAAAACAGUCAAGAUGAACCAUAUAAACAUCCCACUCUGUCAUGACUUUAUGAUUGUAUGAUUUAUCUCUUACCAUAAGACUCGCUGAGUGAUUCCAUACCAAACUAUAAAGUCUCUGUGUGCAAAUUCGCAGACUUUAUAAGAAAUUUUAUGUUGUUUGUCAUUUUAUUUUAUUUUUGUAUAACUGUGUCACCUUUAUGAAUGUACAGUGCUGCUAUUUACAGUAGAAGGUUGUAAAUGUCAUCCGUGUACAGCAUUUUUCCUCAUCAUACACUCCUUGUAUGGAGAUUAUGCAUAUUCAAUGUAAUAUUCAUCUGUAUUGUAUGGUUCAUGCUGAAUUACUUUAACAGCUGUAUUUAUCCGCUUACAUUGUGUGUUUAUUAGGACUCGUUUAUGUGCCUUUACCAUGUUUACCAUGUGUGUAAUAAAAAAUAAGAUUAA